AUGGCAAGAUUCAGAUAUUCCUCCGUGAUAAACCAGUCUAGACGCUCACUGUCGACGCAUUCACGACAACCCGAUGGACUUCUCCCAUUAGCAGGAAUCCGCGUCUUAGAUAUGACGAGAGUCCUUGAUGGGCUGAUGAGAUUCCACCAGCCAUACUGCACGCAAAUUCUUGCCGAUCUAGGCGCGGAGGUCAUGAAAAUCGAGCAUCCUACCCGGGGAGACGACACCAGGGCUUGGGGGCCGCCAUAUGCGAAAAGCUCCCGCGUGGGCACGCAUGCCCCAGGAGAGAGCGCGUACUUUCUAGCGGUCAACAGGAAUAAGCUCUCUGUGGGCCUUUCGUUCAAGGACCCCAGGGGCGUACAAAUCUUGCACAAGCUGGCUUCCGAAUGCGAUGUGCUGGUUGAAAACUACAUCCCCGGCACCCUCAAGCAGUAUGAUCUCGACUUCAAAAGCAUCAACAAGAUCAAUCCGAGGCUGGUCUACACUAGCAUCACUGGGUACGGCCAGACGGGCCCCUACCGUAAACGUGCGGGCUACGACGUCAUGGUAGAAGCCGAGAUGGGAUUGAUGCACAUCACAGGGUCGAGGGAUGGGCCGCCUGUCAAAGUUGGUGUCGCGGUAACGGACCUGACUACUGGGUUAUAUGCUACGCAUUCCAUUCUUGCGGCUUUGUUUCUGAGACAAAGGACGGGGAAGGGGCAACACAUUGACGUCGCCCUGGCCGACUGUCAAGUUGCCACACUUGCAAAUAUUGGCAGCUCGGUUUUGAUUAGUGGCGACAAAGAUUCUGGAAGGUGGGGGACGGCGCAUCCUUCAAUUGUGCCAUAUCGAGGUUUUCGGACGUUGGACGGAGAUCUGAUGCUUGGAGGAGGAAACGACCGCCUAUUCAGGAUACUUUGUGAACGGCUAGGGUUUCCCGAAUGGGCCACCGACUCACGGUUUGCUUCCAAUAGCAGUCGUGUUGCUAACAGAGCCGUGCUGGAGCCUCUUAUUGAGGAAGUGACCAUGACAAAAACAACAAAGGAGUGGCUUGAUGUCCUAGAGAAUAGCGGCAUGGCUUAUGCUGCUAUACACGAUGUGAAGAGUACGCUGGGACAUGAGCACGUUUUGGCUCGGAACAUGGUGACUGAGAUCCAGCAUGAGACUUGUGGACCUAUAAAAUUGAUCAACACACCGGUGAAGUUUUCCGAGUCGAGCCCUGGAAUCAGAGAGGCACCUCCAACUUUAGGCCGCCAUACCGACCACGUUUUGGAGCACAUUGUAGGGCUUGAUAAGAAAGAGAUUGCAGUUCUCAGGGAAGAGGGCGUAGUGACUUAA